AGCUGAUAGCAUCAAACUGAACCCUUUGGAGUCAUUAUACUCCAGUCCAAGGACUCCAGCUUCUCUGAGGCCCAGCAGAGACACAUUUUCUGCGGAGGUCUUCUGAGCUGCAGGCCUCACUGAAGAGAAUGUGCAGCUUCUCAAGCAGGAAGACGUUUUGUGGCUGAGUCUAAAUGAAACAGAAGUUGCUUUGUGCACACACACACACACACACACCCCGGAGUAGGGAAACCGUCAUUUUCCUACUCGCCCUCUGACAUCAACCACCUUCUCUGUAGCUACAGUCUCUCUGCACUCAAAUUCAUCCCUGGCAAUGAAAAAUGAGCCUCUCCCCUACCCUUGCUGCCGCCUUUCGCCUCACGCCCCCAGAGAAGAGUUUCUUCGUGUGGCAGCCGGUGAAGGUUUUUUUCCAAGUCACAUGAUCCAGGAUGCAGGGGGAGAAUCCUUCUUGGAACAGAGAUGGGCCCAGAACCGAAUGAGAUGAGGAGAGAUAGGGUGUGCUGUGGGAAGACUAUAUAAGAAUGGACCCACGGCUGCAGCAAGCACUCAACCGAGUGGCCCCUUCUCAAGACACAGCCAUGCAUGUGCCAGAAGGCUCCGUCGCCAGCCACUUGGGAACCACGAGUCGUGGUUACUUCUAUUUCACCACGACCGUGCUGGCUUUGUGUCUCGUCUUUGCUGUGGCAACCAUCAUGGUGUUGGUAGUUCAGAAGAAGGAUUCCAUUCCCAACCCACCUGGAAAAUUCCCCCUUAAAGGAGGAAAUUGCUCAGAAGACAUCUCAUGUAUACUGGAAAAGGCUCCAUUCAAGAAGUCAUGGGCCUACCUCCAAGUGUCAAAGCAUAUAAACAAAUCCAAGUUGUCUUGGAACAAAGAUGGCAUUGUCCAUGGAGUCAGCUAUCAGGAUGGGAAUCUGGUAAUCCAGUUCCCAGGUUGGUACUUCAUCAUUUGCCAACUGCAAUUUCUCGUGAAAUGUCCAGAACAUUCUGUUGACCUAAAGUUGGAGCUUCUCAUCAACAAAGAUGUCAAAAAGCAGGCGCUGGUGACAGUGUGUGAAUCUGGAGUGCAAAACAAAAACAUAUACCAAAAUCUCUCUCAGUUCUUGCUGGAGCAUCUGCAGGUCAAUACCACCAUAUCAGUCAAAGUGGAUAAAUUCCAGUAUGUGGAUACAAACACCUUUCCUCUUGAGAAUGUGUUGUCCAUCUUCUUAUAUAGUAGUUUAGACUGAACCAUUUUUCCUGGCCUUCAGGAAGAAAGCAACUCUCUACCAUACAGUAUUCAUCCAUCAAACACUUGGGCAAAAAGAAAACUCAAGACCAAGACUAAAACCACAAAGGGUAUUAAAUAACAAGCUUCUCCUUCUUGUCUCUUGGGAAGAUACAGCUCCAGGGUUAAAAAAAAAAAAAAGAACAGUUUUGAAUGAAGUAUCUUUCAAAUAGAAGGCAGGGAAGCAAGGCAGUGUGGUGGGAAAAGCCCCACAUAGGUAUUAGAAGGGAUGGAUUCAUGCCCUGGCCCAAUCACUAACUCACUGUAUGACCUGGAGCUAUUCCUUUCCCCUCCCUGGAACUCUGGAUCCAUGUCUGAGAAGUGAAGGGGCUGGAUUUGACUCUAUCCAAAAUCUCUACCAUCUCAGAAGACCAGGAUCUCUCAUCCCAGACCUGUGAACUAAGAUCCCAAGCAGUGUUCUAGAAGCCCCGUAACCAAAGGAAAGGCCCUCACACCAGUAUAAAUCCAAUGAUACUAGUAGUAUCUGGCUACAUGUCACCUCAGCACAGUCAGAAUUUGGGGACAAGACUCAGGGUACCUUGCCAAAUGAUGUGAACAGUGGGAUCUAAAAUGUAUAAAAGAAAGGACUGCCCAACUGACCAUCCUGAAUCUAAGAGGCCUCCUGGUAUUUGGAAAACCACCUGACCAGGCUUGACUCCAUUCAAGUUAAAAUUGACAGUAAGUCAAUAGCAGACACCUUUUGUUUCUUGUGGGGAAGGGCUGUGCAUUCUGCAAAUGCUCCAUCAGUGUGCAGUGGUCAUGGUGAUGCAGCCAUUUGGUCAGGCAAUAGCGGCCGCCAUUUCUCACAUGAUCUCUCUUAGGGAACCAUUUCUGUGGAGGGUUAUUAAGGCCCCAAAGUGUUGUUGAUAAAUGAUUAUCGCCCUGUAAAUGGUGAGAAGGACUUCUGAACAAUGGUAAACUCCUCUCCUGAGUUGGGUAACCAUGAGAUUUCUCUAGCUCCGUCAACCUACCUUUACAUCCAUCCAUCAUUUCCAAAGGAGCACCUUAUCUGUUUGAAAGAAGGACCAUUCAGCUUGAAGUAUAAAUCCUCAGAAUUUAUGCUUCAGAAGAAAAAAGGGACCCUUAACUGCCAUGCAAAAGACUGGAGCAAAAUUUGCAUUUUUCUCAAAAAAAGAGGAGGGAAAAGAAAAAUGUAGGAAGUCGGGUGCAUUUGUCAGAGAAAGACUAGAAAAAAGUGUAAAAGAAGAAAGAAAAAAAAAAAAGACCCAGUCAUGUUGGUAUGGAUGAGAAGGAACUGGAAAAACAAAAUAGCUAGGGAAAAAAUUUAAGUCAUUUGCUGAGCAGCAUAGUAUGUUAACCUCCUCUUCGGCCUCCUCUAUGAAAUAUUCAGUAAAGUCUACAUUUCUCAUAACACUUUCUAUGAGUAGAUUCUUUGGGAGGAGCGGGCAUUAGAAGUUUUGAAUUGAGCAAGCCAAGUAUGUUGCAAACACAGAGACAGGUUUCGAGGACCCAAAACUAGCAAGUAAGGGGGUAUGUGGCAUUUGAGUUAUACUCUAACUCAGAAGGACAAAUGAACCUUGUUUAAGCCAACUCAUGCAUUCUUGAAAAGGUAUCUCCAAUCUAAGCUUGUAUAAACUAAGGAAAUUUUCUACUGUCUCAUACUCAAACUUCAGAAAGAAUCCCAUUCCUUCUCUGAGCAGAAACACCUGACUUUUGCGCUUGAGUGACUCCUACUCUCAAUCUCUGUCAAGCAAUGCUCUGAAAGCCAACAGCUGAAGACACAGGACAUUUAAAGCAGUUCUGUAGCAAGACAGAAAAAAAAAAGGUAAUCAUUAGCAACUCAACUGAAAAUAAUAGGGAGUGGAUAACCUGGAAAGUUUAAAACUAGAUUCUCUUACUCUUUGAGGGUUAACCAGCCCUUGGGAAUGUGGUAGUAUCUAUGCAAAUAAAAUAAAUAAUUUCUCUAACUGGGAACCCAAGCUACCCGAAACAUAUGUCCCCUUGGGCAAAACCCAACUGGAGCUCACACACACACACACACACACACACACAGUAUACAUGCGGAACUUGUAUAGAAGGAUGAUGUGUGAGUUGAUAAGAAACUAUCAGUGUAGAUGUGUUCCUACCCUUGAGAAAUUUAUAAGACUUUCUUUCUCCAAAAAGUUUGGUAACUUUUUCCUCACCCAGUCUGUCUAUCACCCACUGAUGCCUCCUCAACUUACCCCAGUUCCCUCUUAAGUUCCCCAGUCACACAAAGGUUGGCUCAGAGGAGGGCACAGCACGCCCAGGAGGGUUGAUAGGAACAAUCUGUAGAGGGAGGAAAUACUGAAGGAAAUUGGGUAGAAUUUACCAAACAAGGGAGCCUUCCAGAAUCCCUGGAAUACCACUGAUUAUUCUGGCAUGGGGGGACAAAGCCCUUAAGUUAAGAGGAUUGAGAAGUCAGUCCCUGUCGUCUCUGGAAAAAAUCCUGAGAGAUGAGCUAAGCCAAAGUUUGAAUGCAAGCCCACUAGAGGGCAGAGACAUCAAGUCCUCACAUGUGGUUAGCAGCAGAGCUGGGAUUUGAGCUAGCAGCUGAGCCCAGCCUCCUGACUCCCCUCUCCAUUAUUUCCCACCAGCCUUUAUUGGCUUUGUCCUGUAGUCUUUCUGUAAUUCCUCAGGUCAUAUCUUUCCAGCCCUCCACCAUGGUGGUCCCCAGCAUUCAGGGACUUCCUUUGUUCUUCUUUGCACCACUUGGAUCCUCCAGGAUCAUCAUUCAAAAUGAGACACAGAUAGUCUGUAGAUUCAUGGUCAAAUCAAAGAAAAAGGUCAGGGUCCCAUAUAGAAAAGUAUAAUCUCUCAGAAACUGAAGAAAUAAUUUAAAAAUUAAAAGCUUACUGUUUUAAUUUGAAGUUAUGCAUGUGUGUAUAUAUGUGUGUGUAUAACAUAUGUAUACAUGUACAUGUAUGUGUAUGUAUGUGUAUUAUAUAUACACAUGUUUGCGUUAUAUAUGUGUGUGUUUUAUAUACACGUGUGUGUGUGUGUGUGUGUGUGCACGCCCACUUUGCUCUAGUAGUUGUUUUACAGGUCACCGGCUUAACCUGUUGUCAGGGGAGGAAGCUUGAUUCUUGCUCUGGGCAUUGCAAAAUGUAUAUACACUCGUAUUUAUUUUUAAUUAUGAAAAGAACAGAAAAUAAUUUCUUCCAAUGCCUCACUGCUUAUUUAAUAACUAUUAAUAUUUUGCCAUAUUUGCUUCUGCUUCUUUUUAAAAAGAAAACACUGCAGAUAGAGCAAAGUCUCAUUCCUCCAUCCAUUUCCCUGUAGCCUCCCCCAAGAGAGCCACUGCCCAGAAGUUUGCACACCCCCUUCACUUACAUAAUUUUUUAGUUUUUUUCCCCAUAAGUAUGUAUAGUACAAUUUUGUGUGGCUUUAAAAUUUUUAAUAAAUGAUAUCAUACUUCAUAUUACAUUAUGUGACUUGAAAUUUUUCAUGUAAUGUUAACUUUUUGAUAUUUAUACAGAUUGACACACGUAGAUCUGGCUCACCUAUUUAACUGCUUUAUCCUAUUUCAUUGUUUGACAAUGCCAGGUGGUCCAUGUUUCUAUGGAUGAACAUUUAGUUUGCCUCUUGAUAUUGCUACAAUGAACAUAUCUCCCUGAACAGCUCCUUCUAUUUUUCUUUUUUUUUUUUAAUUUUUUUUAACGUUUAUUUAUUUUUGAGACAGAGAGAGACAGAGCAUGAACUGGGGAGGGUCAGAGAGAGGGAGACACAGAAUCUGAAACAGGCUCCAGGCUCUGAGCUGUCAGCACAGAGCCCGACGCGGGGCUCGAACUCACGGACCGCGAAAUCAUGACCUGAGCCGAAGUCGGCCGCUUAACCGACUGAGCCACCCAGGCGCCCCUCCUUCUAUUUUUCUAUAUAGCAAAAAUACUCUUUGAAAAUUAUAAAUAGUACCCUGACACUACUGAGUCAACCUUGACUGAUGAGGUUAGACCCGUCUGUGGUCACAGCUCACGAGCUGGAGCUUUGGAAUCUAAAAAGCUCUUUCCAUCUUUCCUAGAACUUCUGUGCUCUGAACAUCCAUUCCACACACAACUCCUGAAUGCCAGUGUGGUGUGCUCCUAGGACCCCAUGCCAGGUGCUUGUUCGUGACCUAGCACGGUAUGAGCCAUGGCUCCACCAGGCUGCUACAGAAUCAGCUCCAAUUAACAUGGGGGUUACAAGGCACUCUGGAGCUUCCCUGGGUCCAGUUCUUUCUCUAGAGAGUAAAUAAAAAACACCAUAAAGCAUGAAGGAUGAGCACAACCCCAGGAGGAAAAUUCUCCCCCAAGACCAAAUGUUCGUAUUCCUUGUGGUCUAUUCCAGACCUCUUUUCUCUUCACACUCCAUGCUAUCUCCCUGCAUGGCUUAAUCAACUCCCCCUGGUUUCAAUGGCAUCUUCUUGCCAAUGACUGCAUAAUUGGUCUCAAAGCUUUGCUUUGCUCCUAAAAUUCAACCCCACAUAUUCAGUAGCCACUGGGCUCUACCCAUUAGUUAUUUCUGAGACCUUACAAUGGAAGAUUGGCACUCCACAUCUAGUGUAGUGGCUUUCAAGUGUGUUUACCAUGACUCAGGAGAAGAAAUGCUCUACUCUGCAAACAAAAAUGUAUACACACACACACACACACACAUCUCUAAGACCAAGGAUACAUUAAGCAAUACUUACCCUAACUGCUCAUGACUAAGAAAAAAAAAUCUUGUUGUGACCACCUGAAUAGAUUUGAUGAUGCUGUCAUGAGUCACAACCCACAGUCUGCAAAUGCUGUUGUAGUGUGACUUUCCCUGCUCCACAAGUUGGAAGGUUCAAAAUACACUUUGCUAAUUCUAUUGCAGCUUGGGUUCUAGAAGAGUUUAGUCCAAGAUGGACAAGAUUUUAGAACGUUAUCCGCUUUUCUAGCAAGCCCACUUCUGUGGAAGUGUUGGGUUUUCUGCAGGUGGCAUUUGCAGAGGCUCCGGUGUUCAGAUAUGAGGUUGGUGGGUGCAGUGAGUCUGAGUGUAGGGACAGGAACAUCCACUCUGCUGACAUGUCUGUUGCAGAUUAGCAGUGGUUCUAGAUCUGGCAGCAGUAGCUGCUUCCUGAUUAUGGUGGUUUCCUGUUUGAAACAGUGGUGUUGUGGCUCUAGAGGGGCAGCUUCCUGAGUGCAAGAUUGUUGAAAAGACAGCAGCCAACCAAGCAGCCCUGUUCUGUGGGGCAGCAUUAGAGGUUGCUCCUGAAAGCCCAACCUAGAUUCUGUGUCUUCAGCCCUCUUGGCAAGUCUGUGAUAAAUGCCUUCUUGCUAAACAAGCUGGCAUGACAUCUGUUCUCUGUAAAUGAUCCCUGAUGGAUACAAUCUCAACAUGUAAAACUGACUUCAAAGUACUCACCCCAAACUUGUCACUAUUCCUAUGUCCUAAAUCUCAAGGAUGAUCUGAGUCUUUCACAACCCUUCUUUCCUAUUAUUUAUCCAAUCAACAUCUGUCUAGUUCAUCAAGUUCUCUUGUCCUCACUAGCACCAUCUCACCUGUGUCACCCUUGUCACCUCUUAACUCACAUCCUGGCUCCUGUCUUACCUCUUACAAAUCCCAUUUCUAGAUAGCACCAUCAUUCUGGGGACUGAGUAGUAAUGACUACCUAUCAAGCUCUUCCAUGUCCUGCACUUUUCACAACACACUCACUGAAUCCUCAAAACAGCCCUGUGAGGCAGGUAUUGUUAUCCCCACAUUGUUCACAGUGACAUUGAGACUCUGAGACAUUGAGUAGCACGGCCAACAUCACACAGCCACUGGGUCAUAGAGCUGGAAUUCAAGUCCUGAUGUGUGAACAUCUCCCACUCCAACAUUCAAUUCUCCAACCACUGUGGACCCAGCAGCCUUCCUAAAAUCUAAGCUCUCUAAACCAGCUCCCUCCACAUCAAGAUCUUUCUUUCCUCUCUCACUUCAUGCCACCUCCCACCUUGUGCUUGAUACUCAAAUCACAUUGAACUUCUCCCAGUUCCUCAAACCUUUCAUGUUCAGUCUUGCCACCAGGUGUUUGGAAGUGUUCUUCCUUCUGCCUGGAAUAUUCACUUCACUCUCUCUCUGGCUAACUCUCAUCAUUGUUCUGAUCUCCUUAGAGAAGACUUCUUGACUCUUCUGGCCUCACCUAAUUCCCUGCUGUCUUCUUCCGUAUUUGUCCUGUCCUUAUGGGCAUGAUGCUAUUUACCCUGGCUCUCUUUAUGUACUUCCUCUCUGGCAUCUAAACUCCUAGAAGGCAGGAAUCCUGUCAAUCUUAUUCAGCACUGGGUCCUCACAGCCCAGCCCAACCCCUGGGACAUAAUAGCCGUUCAAUAACUAUUUCUUAAAUGAAUAAUCAAAGAAAAUCUCUAAAAACACAGACCAUAUUCUAGGGAAAAGAUACCAAACAAGCCAUCCAAAAGAGAAAAAAGGACUAAAAAUUCUUUAAAAAGUAUAGAAAUGUGAAUUGAAAGCCACCUUUUCUCCUAGAAUGUUUCUCAGCACUCAAGAGAGUAAGAAAGCUAUUAAAGAAAGGGGAAAUGUCCAGACGCCAGAACCCAUCUGUGCCAUCUGAGAAUUUGGAAGGCAAAAACAAAAACAAAACAAAACAACAAAAAACAAAACAAACAAACAAAAACCCUUCACUUGGAUUAUUGAACCCUCUCUAUGAGCUAGGUGUACCAUAUUUGCUAUAUAAUCCAUUUCCCUUCCUGUCCCUAUGAAUUAGCUAUAUGCUAUUGUAAUCAUUGUAUAGGUGGGUAUACCCACCCUAGAAUUUAAAUCAAAUUUUGCUGCACCUUAGAAUUAACUGAAAGACUUAAAAGAAUUUUUUUAAUGCUUAUUUGUUUUUGAGAGAAAGAGAGAGCAUGAGCAGGGUAGGGGAAGAGUAGGGGGACAGAGGAUCCAAAGCAGGCUCUGAACUGACAGCAGAGAGUCCAAUGCAGGGCUCGAACCCAUAAACCAUGAGAUCAUGACCUGAACCCAAAUCCGAGACUUAACUGACCAAGCCACCCAGGCACCCUUCAACUAAAAGACUUUUUAAUGUCUGAUCCCCAGCCCACAGCCCAGACCAAUAAAAUUAGAAUCUCUGGGGUUACUACCCAGGCAUCAGGAUUAAUUUAAACUCCCAAACUUUAAGUUAAGUUUGAGAGUUAGUGGUUUAAAUCCUCACUAUCUGUGUUGUGCCCUGAACCCAUGCCAGAGAGCUAAAAAUACAGAAUCUCACAUCCACCCAGAACUACUAAAUUUUGAUAAAAUCUAUGAGAUUGUCAUUCAGGAACACUGAACAGUUUGAGGACUGCUGGUUCAGAUGACUUUCCCUGGUAAGCAUAGAAGAGUUCUCUGAAUCCAUUAUGCUUCCCCGUUUCCCCCCAGAUGACUUUGGGAAAUGGAUUCUCCCUCCCCUUCUGCCAUUUAUGCAAAUAUGAGGGUCUAGACACUACCAAAAGCAACAUUAAGUCACAAUGAUGAUAUUCAGUUGUAAUUAUCACUGAGUUUUAAAAAAUUGCUUUUGGUCCAGAUCUUUACCUUGGGCAGCUUGGGCAAGAGCUGGGACAAGAUUGUAACCAAUAUGUUGAAAGCUUGGGAUGUAGUCCAAUGUAGGGGAUGUACUUGCCCUAUGGUGGAGGAAAGAGAGAACCAAGUCUGGGGGUGGCACAUGGGAAUGAACGGUUUGGAAACCUGAGUUUGAAUCCUAACUCAGACAGUGAUUAACAUGAGAAUCUUUAUGAGUCACAGACACUCUCUAAGUUUCCUCAACUGUAAAAUAAGAAGCAUAAUCCUUUCCAAAGCUGUGGGAAGAACGUACAAAAGCUUGGAAAGUGUACAAAUGUGAGGUCUUUUAUUACAUUCAGUAUCUGCAAAGGAGUUUCACUGUGGGAGAGGAGCAGGAAAAAUCUCAAGGGCAAAUAUGAGGGCAAUGAUAUUUCCUCAAACUCACUGAAGUCAUCUCCAUCUGCCUCUGGAAAAACCAGCCAUUGGACCAACAAAGGUGUUCAUGAGGCAAACACCCAAUGAAUGCUUUCAUACUAUCGGGAAAACUAGCCCGGAUAAGUCCUAUUGAAUAUUUGAGAGAUGGAGUACUGGGGGUCACCUCCCUGUGUCUCCCUCAUGGCAACACUAUUCACAUACUGGAGUGUUGGUGUUUGUGUGUCUUUUUUUUCCACUUAGGAUUGAGCAUCUAGGAGCAAGAAUUCACCCCAAGCCCCAGCAUUUAGAUCAGUGUCUAGCACAAAGUCAGCACUCAAGAAAUGUGUAGAUUCAUUUUCAGUGAGAUAGGGAAUUACCAGCUGAGGGUAUCAGCUCAACUAAUCAAAAACAUGCUGCAUUGCAGUCUGAUCCAGCUUCGCGAACAGAAAGCUCCAAGUGAAAACCAGCUGACAUAUCUCAUCAUUUUGUUCCCACUGCUGGGGGCCAAGGAAACAUAACUGCCGUGACCUUUCUGACUUUGCCUUCUGCUAUCACAACUAGUUCCAUUUUAACAGCUGGCCUGGUGCUCUCAGCACCAGGGGCCGAAGUAGUCAAGGGAAGAAAGGCUACCACCCAUCAUGGGAUUGACACAUCAAGAUGAGGAAAAGUCAAGAAAAUGCUUAAGGAAGCUUCAUUCCUACUGCCAAAGUGACUUUCAUGCACUCAAAUAUACAGCCCUCAACUGAAUCUGACAUUUUCAUGCUUCUUUUUCAUUAAUUACAGUGUGUUUACUUAAAUAGCUUUAUAUCACAUAAGUGUAUAUCAUCACUGACACUGACUGAGUGCCUGCUUGCCAGGUUCCAGGCAUCAUUAUUGAAGCCCUUGAUACUGUUGUCUAUUUCAUUCUUAUGCUGUUUUAUGAGAUAAAGGUUGCCAUUCCCAUGUUACAGAUGAAGAAACGGAGGCUCAGAGAAAUGCAUACAUAUGUCUAAGUAGCUCAGAAGCCAGGGUGUAAAUGCUCACAGUCUGACUCCAGAAUCACAUCCCUAAUGACAUUGCACUACUCCCUCUGAAGCCACCUGAUUUUGCAUAUGCUGAUCCCUUUAUCUACAUGAUUCUUGCCCUCCUUUCUCUGCUUGGUUAACCUGACCUCAUUCAUAAAAUCUCAACUCAGACCUUAUUUAUCAAGAACCACUCCCAGGCUAAGUUAGGCAUCCAAUUUCUUCCUUGACAUCCCCACUUCUAUCUGAAUACUUACCAUCCUGUACUACAAUUAUUUGGUUGCAAGAACAACAUUUAAAUAUAGUUAUCUUUCUGCCAGUAUCUACAAAAUAAAGUACUUCUUGCUUCCAAACUGUUUUGGUUUGAUCCUGCACCAUUCACAUCCUACUCUGGAUUCUGGAAGGGACCUUGCUUUUUUGAGGCCAGUGACCCUACAACCCUGAGUCUUCAUGCUGGCUGCUCCAGAAAUGCUGGCUGCUUCUCCUCUUGGUCUCUGGCCCCUCUAAGUGGGAAAUCAUGAACUUGAUGACACCAAUCACUGUAUGCCUACUUCCACAUAGCUAAGAAACAUCUCACUCCCCACAACCAGAAUUACCUAGGCCUUUUCAUGACUUAGAAUCUUGGCCCAACUCUUCCUGGUCCCGGAGAGAGAAAGAAGUGUGACCACCCCCAACCCAAAGUGCCAACUCAUUUCCUGCCCAGAAUUAACCACUUCCCAAAACGAGUGACUGUAUGAACAUCAAUUCCCUUCAGGGGAAACCCCCCCCCCUCCCACUAGGCUGUCACCUUACCUUAUGACCCCAACCUGACAAUCACCCAACAGCCUGACAUUGGUACCCUCCCUAAAGUUUAUGUGACUCAUCCUUACCUACUAUCACCUUGUUGUUCUGGGACAGUUCUUGACACAUGGUAGGCAUUUGAUAUACAUAUUUGUUGAAUAGAUGAAUGAUUGAAUGAAUACCAUAUUAGAUGUCUGCAUAGUACUUUAGAGCUUAUAAAACUAUUCUUUCAACUAACAUGAGAGAAUUAAGCCAUGCACUCAGCUGGUAAGGGGCAGAGCUGGGAUCCCCUGGCAUUAUAAUUUCUUGUCCAGACUAUACUAUAUUUUGAGGUCAGCAAACUAUAGCCUCUGGGGUGUCUGCAUGUUUUUGUGAAUAAAGUUUUAUUGGAACACA